UCAGGAGCAUCUGGAGGGGGCAGGUGCAGGUGCGGGCGGCGCCAACUCAGGGCUGCUGGAGGCCCAGGAGGCUCGGACGCCGUGCAGGAAGCUGCUGACCACGCCGGCUCCUGAUCGCAGGCGCACACAGCGCGGACAUGGCGGGCUGGUGGCCGGCAUUCUCGCGCGCGGCCCGGCGCCACCCGUGGCCCACCAACGUACUGCUCUACGGCUCGCUCUUCACUGCCGGGGACGCGCUGCAGCAGCGGCUGCAGGGCGGCGAGGCCGACUGGCGCCAGACGCGGAGCGUGGCCACGUUGGUGGUGACCUUCCACGCCAACUUCAACUACGUGUGGCUGGGCCUGCUGGAGCGCGCGCUCCCGGGCCGCGCGCCGCGCGCGGUGCUGGCCAAGUUGCUCUGCGACCAGGUGGUCGCUGCGCCCAUCGCGAUCUCGGUCUUCUACGCCGGUAUGAGCAUUCUCCAGGAAAAGGAUGACAUAUUUUUGGACCUGAAACAGAAAUUCUGGAAUACCUAUCUG